UGGCGGACAAAAGCAGAUCAAGCGGUAAAAAGCAAAAGGGUGCAGUAGCAGUACUCCUACUGGCUGGCUGUCAGCCUGAAAUGAAAAACAAAAGAAGAAAAUAUGGCCUUCCAAAUCUAAACAUCACGAUAAGGCUAUUUACGGUAGUUCAUGUGAAUCCCCCCCUCCCCUUGAUAUUCCCUCCAUCUCCAUCCUUCUCCACCACAGCCAGACUGUUUGUUUCACAUGUUGUCGGAGCUUGCAAACUGAGAACAAGAAGAUGGUCUCCGACAGCUCCUUCUCGUCUGCCAACCGUUCUCCGGCUCUUAAGUUCUGCAACUCCUUUACUACUCGUAUCUUUUCAGAUGUUGCUGGGGACGUCACAAUCGUGGUAGAUGGAGAGUCAUUUUUACUGCAUAAGUUCCCCCUGGUGGCACGGAGUGGAAAGAUUCGGAAAAUGAUUGCAGAUGCCAAGGAUUCGAACAUUUCUAAAUUGGAGCUCUUCGACUUCCCAGGUGGCCCCCAGACAUUUGAGCUGGCCAUGAAAUUUUGUUAUGGCAUGAACUUUGAGAUUACAAGUGCAAAUGUUGCACGUCUGCGUUGUGCUGCACAGUACCUGGAAAUGACUGAAGAUUAUCGAGAGGAAAAUCUCAUUGAACGAACAGAGAUUUAUCUGAAUGAGGUCGUGGUUCAAAGUCUUGAAAAAUCAGUUGAAGUCUUAUCCACCUGUGAGAUGCUACUUCCUAUAGCAGAAGUGGUUGGAAUUCCUAACAGAUGUGUGGAGGCUAUUGCUAUGAAUGCUUGCAAGGAACAACUGGUUACGGGUUUGUCUAGGUUGGAGUGUGAGAGUGAAUCUACGGAGCUAAAGAGUGUUUGUCUUGAGUGGUGGGUUGAAGAUCUCUCUGUCCUGAGGAUUGACUUCUAUCAUAGAGUUAUUUAUGCCAUGGGAAGAAUGGGUGUUCGACCGGAUAGCAUUGUUGCAUCUUUGCUUCAUUAUGCUCAAGCAUCAUUAAAAGGCAUUGAGAAAUGUCAAAUAUGGAAUCCAGCAAGGACCAAACCAACUUCUGGCAUGGUAGAAAAUGACCAAAAGAUAAUUGUGGAAACUCUUGUAAGCCUAAUGCCCACAGAGAACGGCUCUUCCAUUCCUUUGAGUUUUCUUUUUGGGAUGUUGAGGAUGGCUAUCAUGCUGAAUGCUACCAUUGCAUGCAAGCUUGAGCUUGAAAGGAGAAUAGCUCUGCAUUUGGAAAUGGUUUCACUCGAUGAUAUGCUUAUCCCAUCUGUCAGAAAUGGGGAUUCAUUAUUUGAUGUUGAUACGAUUCAUCGGAUAUUGGUGAAUUUCUUGCAGCGUAUUGAAGAGGAAGAAAAUGAAGACUGUGGGUAUGAAUCAGAAGGCAUGGGUUCACCAAGCCAUGAUUCUGUGUUAAAGGUAGGACGGCUUAUUGAUGCAUAUCUAGCAGAAAUUGCUCCAGAUCCUUAUCUGAGUCUACAAAAAUUCAUUGCUUUGAUUGAGAUACUGCCUGAAUAUGCACGGGUCAUCGAUGAUGGGAUCUAUAGAGCAAUAGAUAUUUAUUUGAAGGCUCAUCCAAUGCUAACCGAAAACGAGUGCAAGAAGCUCUGCAAGUUCAUAGACUGCCAAAAACUCUCUCAAGAUGCAUGCAAUCAUGCUGCACAGAAUGAUCGACUCCCUGUACAGAUGGCAGUGCGUGUCCUCUACUCAGAGCAGGUCCGUUUGAAGAAUGUUAUAUCCGGGAGUUCUGGUGAUGGUUUUCUGUCACAGAGAAUCAGCAGUGGUGUCCCGAGUGCUGCCAUGUCACCUCGAGAUAAUUAUGCUUCUCUAAGGAGAGAAAACAGAGAACUAAAGCUCGAGAUUUCAAGAAUGCGGGUGAGACUAAGUGAGUUGGAGAAAGAGCAGAUGUUUAUGAAACAAGGUAUGAUGGAUAAAGCAGGGAAUGGAAAAACUUUCUUGACCUCACUCUCUAGAGGGAUUGGAAGGAUUGGAAUCUUUAGUGGUCCAGGAGGAGGAAAGCGGCAGAAAUCAGGUCGAAAGUCUCAAGGGAAAAAUGGAAGGAGUAGGAGGCAUUCUGUUUCCUAGAUUUGAUCUUUGUAUUUCAGAGGGAACGGAAGGCUUAUGGCUGUAUAUGAGUUAAUGUUUCUUCAAUUUUGGAGAAGAUAUGGCAUUAUUCUUAGAUAAAAGAUGGUUGG